AGUUGUUCUGGACUUUUACUACGGGAUGAACAACGUGCGCAGUAUAUGCGAAUGAUUUCCAACCCAAAUUUGGAUUAUUUGAGAAGAAAAGCCUUACACAAGAAUAUCGUUGCUGCUUGUAAAAAGAUCAAUCCGUGUCCGAAAUGUGGUCAUCGAAAUGCGUCACUGAGGAUACUGUGGGCGCGGGAGUAUGUUUCUGCUACCGAAGCUAACGCUGAUCUGUCUAAUGCGCUAUUCAAAGCCAAGUUCACUCUCCUGAAUCCGCUGAGGGUACAGAAGUUGUUCAAUAAUAUUUCGCAAGAGGAUAUUCCUAUCAUAAUGGUUCGAUCCGGCGAAAUCAAGCAUCCUAACGACUUGCUUCUUACUAGGAUCCCUGUCCCACCAGUAUGUGUUCGCCCAUCUGUGAUAUCUGAGGUAAAAUCGGGAACUACCGAAGAUGACAUCACAAUGAAGCUAUCCGAAAUAAUUUUGAUCAAUGAUGUCUUGCAAAGGCAUAAGAAAGAUGGCGCUCCAAUGAAAACUGUCACUGAAACAUGGGAUCACCUACAGAUUCAAGUUGCCCUGUACUUCAACAGUGAAUUAUCUGGUCUUCCUCCUGAGAUGCAACCUAAAAAGGUCAUCUCGCCAGACCCAAACUUGCGAAUCGACGAAGUGGGUGUUCCAGUUUACGUCGCUCUCAUUUUGACCUUCCCUGAGGUGGUCAACAAUUACAACAUAGAACGUAUGAAGAAGCUGAUUUUGAAUGGGUCGGACAUCCACCCCGGUGCCAAUUACGUGAUUGACCGUAUUACUGGGACCAAACGGCUUUUAAAGUAUGGAAGCCGAGAAACAUGUGCACAGAGCUUGAAAGUAGGAGAUAUCGUUGAGCGCCACUUGGAUACCGGUGAUAUUGUGCUAUUCAAUCGGCAGCCCUCGUUACAUAAAAUCUCCAUCAUGUGCCAUCGUGCGCGCAUUGUGCCAGGACGAACGUUCAGGUUCAACGAAUGUGCUUGUACGCCGUAUAAUGCUGAUUUUGAUGGUGACGAAAUGAAUUUGCAUGUGCCACAGACGUAUGAAGCAAAGGCCGAAGCUAGUCUUUUGAUGGGCGUGAAAAGCAACCUUAUCACUCCCCGAUCCGGUGAGCCGCUGAUCGCUGCAAUCCAGGAUUUCAUCACUGGGGCCUAUUUGCUGACGCACAAAGACACAUUCCUCACAUAUAGUGAGGCUUGUCGAUUCGCUGCAGCAGUCAUCGACUGCUAUGCGAAGAAGCAGAAACGAAUACGCUUACCACCACCAGCUAUCAUAAAGCCUGCACGGCUGUGGACUGGAAAACAGGUAUUCGGUAUAGAUUAUGUUUGUGCAUCUCAAAGCGCUUCCAUUCAGCUCAUGCAACUCAUUAUAUCUGAUGACUUCAAAAAUCCGCGGAAAUUGAAUCUAGUCACGGCCAACAAGAGCUAUACCGGCGGCAGGGAGUUUUGUGUAAAGGAUUCUUACGUUAUCAUACGCAAUGGUGAGCAUCUUGCUGGAGUUUUGGAUAAGUCGCUGCUGGGUUCUGGUUCGAAAAAGAACAUUUUUUACAUCCUUCUGCGGGAUUUCGGUGAAGACGCCGCUGUUGAGGCCAUGUGGCGGAUCGCGCGAAUGACCCCAGUGUUUCUGUCAAAUCGAGGGUUCUCGAUUGGAAUAGGCGAUGUGACGCCUAGUGUACAACUGCUCAAGGAGAAGAAACAUUUACUCGAUGAAGGAUACCGAAAAUGUCAUGAGUAUAUUGCACAGCUAAAGUCUGGUCAGCUCAAAGCUCAACCUGCUACGAUCUACUUCAUAUCUUUAAUUAGACAUAAUGCUCCAUUGAUCAUGGCAGUUUGUGGUUCAAAAGGCUCAUUCAUCAACAUCUCACAGAUGAUUGCUUGUGUAGGUCAACAAGCUAUCUCUGGGCAUCGACCUCCGGAUGGCUUUGAU